UUGUGAAAUUUUAUCGUAUAUGAAUCAAAAUUCCCUCACAGGCAUUGGGGGACUUGGUUCUGGACAACAACACGAAGCUUCCGUUCAUCAUUCAUUGGUAAAUCAUCAACAACAAACAGCGCAUUUAAUUUCAAGUGGUCAUCAUCAGCAGCAUCACCAUACAACUUUUGUGCCACCUCAUUCAAUUUCUGGGGUUUAUUUAAAUCAAGCUUCUAAUACUAUGGCACAACAAAAUUCUGACCAACAUCAUGAAGGAAUUUAUUUUAAUGGAGGACAACCACGCAUCGCAGCAGCCACGCCUGUCGGUGGAAAUGCGAUUCCAAUCCAGCAACCUAUGAGAAAUAAAAAACUUCAAGUUGACGAUGCACUUUCAUAUUUAGAACGUGUUCGUCAGCAAUUUGAACAAACCCCUGUUAAGUAUAAUGAGUUUUUGGAGGUUAUGAAAGAAUUUAAAUCUCAUACGAUUGACACACAUGGGGUUAUUCUUCGUGUCACUAAGCUUUUCCGAUUUCAUCCUGAUUUAAUUGAUGGCUUCAAUACUUUUUUGCCUCCAGGAUUUGAGGUGCAUGUUAGUGGAGAUUUUACACAAAUUAGAGAACCUAAUGGAACUAACAAACUGAUUAAUAAUGUCAUAGAAGUUGGUUCUGUGUCUGCCGGAUCACCUUUUAUUCAGCAAAUAAAUGCAAUUCCGUCCGAACAUCAUUCUCAAGUCCCUAUUGUACCAAUAAAUCGUAUACCUGCUUCAAUUGUUGUUCGUCAUCAACAAAGUCCGAGCGGUUUAUCUGCAGUUUCCUCUCCAACUUUUGAAAGAGUCUCAUCACCACAACAUCAAAUGGUUAUUGGAAAUGUUGCUAAUGCUGCUAAAAUUGUACAACAACAAUUUCAGAGUCAACCUGUCCAUAACUCCAAUAUUUCUACUGGAGGAUCUCAACAGAUUGGGGCAUCUUUAAUAAGCCCGACAACAGCAGCACAACAAUUACAAAGUAUUAGUGAACAUCAAAAUGCUUUGAAUGUUACUCAUGAAUCUCGGCAACAGCAACACACCCAAUCUCAACAACUUUCUGUAAAUGGUCAACAACCCAUUCAUUUUGACCAAGCAUUGGGUUAUUUAAAUAAAAUUAAGGAACGUUUUGUUAAUAGGUCAGAAGUUUAUCAUCAAUUUUUGGCCAUUUUGAGUAAUUAUCAACGUGCAGAUGGGCCGCAGCGUUUAACAGAGUCGGGUGUUUACCAAGAAGUCGCAAAGCUUUUCCAUAACGAAGAAGACCUGAUGAGAGAUUUUAAAUCUUUUCUGCCUGAUGCUAGUAUUGAAUUUCCCGUUGAUCAACAAGUUCAACUAGACCACCCACUACCAAUAACUGAGCAGCGUUCUUUGCAGCAAAAUGAUAUUGAAUAUGAUGAAAAUUUUGUCCAAGAAGGAUUUGUCGACUUUGUUCAGCUUGAACAAAACAAUUCAAACAAUAAUAUGGUCGACUCUAAUUUGACAACCAAUGCAGCUAAAAAACGUUCGAAUACAACUGCACCUUCUGAAUAUUUGGCACAAAAGAAAUUGAAAACUCAAAAUAAAAUUGUCUACGAAACAUCGGUAAACAAAAUAUUGGAAGAAAUCCCACUUCAAGAAUUCGUCUUUUUCGAAAAAGUACAUGAUGCACUUCAAAGCGAGCAAAUCUUCCAAAAUUUUCUCCAUCAUCUAGCACUUUAUACAAAAUCUAUAGUUUCUAAAGGAGAAUUACUUGAUUUGGUUACACCGUUUCUUUCUUCUCAUCCGGAGCUUUUGAAGCAAUUCAAAGAUAUACUCGGUGGUAAAAGCGGCAUAGCUCGCCAACCAAACAAACAGCUUGCAGUUGAAGAUCGUUUACCUUCUGAAUCUGCUUAUCAAAUUGAUUUUACUCAUACAAAACAACUUGGUGUCAGUUAUCGUUGUAUGCCUGCGGAUUAUGAAUACCCCAUCUGUUCUGGUCGAACUGAAUUAUGCAAAGAAGUAUUGAAUGAUCGUUGGGUUUGCUAUCCGACAUGGUCAAGUGAAGAUACCUCAUCUGUAACUUUAAGAAAGUCAAUUUAUGAAGAAGUUAUGUGCCGAACAGAGGAUGAACGCUUUGAAGUUGAUAUUCUUAUUGAAACAAAUUCAACGGCAAUUGACGCAUUACAAUAUGCAUUUCGUCGUGUUGAAACAAUGAGUAAUGAAGAAGCAAAAAAGUGGAUGGUUGCUAAUGAAAAACGUUUGGGAUGUUCUUAUACUGUUAUUUCUAGAGCUAUUAAGAAAUUAUAUGGCGAAUAUGCCAAUAAAAUAUUAACAGCUUUACGUGAAAAACCACUUGUUGCCUUACAGCAAGUCUUAAGUAGAAUGAAAGAAAAGGAUAUAGAAUGGCAAGGUGUUCGGGAUGAAUAUAAUGUUAUAUGGCGUGAUCAGGUUGAAAAGAAUUAUUUGAAAAGUUUGGACCAUCAAGCACUUACAUUUAAAGCUAAUGAUGUUAAAAAUAUUAGAAGUCGUGGUAUUAUAAAUCAAUUAGAAAGUGCUUAUGACGAGAGGCGUGAAAAACUCGAAGAAGGCCGUCAGGUUGAAUGGGGUCCACAUUUAUGUAUUAAAUAUUCAGCGGAUCGCCAAAUUUUUCAUGAUGCAAAUGAACUUUUACUUCAUUAUGUUAAAAGACAUUUGAAUUCGCGUGAAAAGAAAGGCAUUGAAUCGCUUCUUUUAUCAAUUAUUCCUCGUGUUUUCUUGCUUCAAGCAAAAUGGGAUGAUCAACAAUUUGGAGUGUCUUCCUCACUAUUAGAGAAGACAGCUGCUUCAACACCGAGGGAUGGGGAAUUGGAAGAUUCCGACAAGGAUGAUAAAUUUGGCAGAGGAACUCAACAACAAGAACUCUUAUAUAUUCAAUUCUUUGGUACAAAUUCGUGGAUUUUAUUCAUUCGCCUCCAUGCAAUUUUAUGUGACCGUCUUGCUACCAUUAAAAAAUGUACAGAAGAAUUAGUAGAAGAAUAUGACGAAGAAAUUAAAUUUCGUGAAAAACAAAGACGUGUUUAUAAAAAAUAUGGGGAUAGUGAAGAAUCUCAUUUAUUAAAUGCUGUAGAUGUUCAUAAAGGAUUGAGAGAAUUAAAGAAACCGUUGCAAAAUCCAGAGAAUUUUUAUCAAAUAAUGUUACAGGAAAUGAAGAAUUUGCUUGAUGGGAGUGUAGAUGCAGCAAGUUUUGAGGAUACUUUAAGAAGUAUGUUUGACACUCGUGCUUAUAUUCUCUUCACAAUGGAUAAAUUGGUUAGUACAAUAACAAAUCAUCUCAAAAGUUACAUGUCUGACAACAUUAAUUUGAAAUGUAUUGAACUCUUUGAAAAUUACUUUAGAAAAAGAUUGGAGGGUGCUGAACAUGGGGAAUGGGCACAAAAAGUUGGUUCAGAAUAUGAAGCUUUAGCCGAAAAGUUAUUAAUUAAUCAAAAUUGUUACAAAAUGUUCUUUUUCAAUCGUGAAAAUCCAAUUGUGACAAUUGAAUUGAUUGACACUAAUGAACCUGGAAGUGGAUCGGAUAUUGAUGAUGAGCAAGAGGAAGAAGUAAAGGAAAGUGCUAAUGUUGUAUCUCUGCUAGCUUGGCCUGAAUUUCUUGAAAAACAUGUAGUGAAUGAUGUAAGUGGGGUGAAAGAUGAAGGAUUGGCAACAAAAAUAACAGGAAUAAAAAAAUGCAAAACUUACGUUUCUCGAAAUUUACGACAUCGACGACUAUUGUUACUCAAACUUUCUGAACUUAAAAAUUUACAAAAUAAUGAAGCUUCAUCAGAAAUAAAAUCAGAAGAAAAAAAUAUUACAAAAAAGAAAAUACCUCAAUUCUUUAUUAGUCGAGGAUUUUUUAAAUUGUUAAAUAUUCAAAAUCCUUUGAAAGAAAUGAAAUUUGAUAUGUUUUACGAUGGAGGAACUGAAACAGACAUAAUUAUAAAGAAAGGUGUUUUAGGGAAGAGUCUUCGCAAGAAAAAAGUAUUGGAUCGAAGAAGGCGCUGGAUAACUUGGCUAGACAAGAGACAAAGAGAUCAAAUGAUUAGUGCUCGUUGGCUUACUACUGGGUGCACAACAAAAAUUGAUUCCCAUCCAAGAUUUAGAUAUCUUAAAUUUACAAGAUAUUCUUCAAGAUAA